AAAUGGAAGAGAGAAGAGGGAGGAGAAUAGUCAUGUUCCCUCUACCAUUUGCGGGACACUUCAACCCGAUGAUCGAGCUCGCUGGAAUAUUCCACCACCGUGGCUUCUCCGUCACUAUCCUCCACACUUCCUACAACUUUCCCGAUCCUUCUCGCCACCCUCACUUCACUUUUCGAUCCAUCCCUCACAACAAAGAAGGAGAAAAGGACCCUCUGUCUCAGUCAGAAACUUCGAGUAUGGACCUCAUAGUUCUCAUGCUUCGGCUGAAACAAUGCUACGCCGAGACGUUUCGUCAGUCUAUGGCAGAGGAAGUAGGUGGAGGAGAGACGGUGUGUUGUUUGGUCUCCGAUGCUAUAUGGGGAAAGAUCACGGAGGUUGUAGCGGAAGAGAUUGGAGUUCGUAGGGUGGUGUUGAGGACAGGUGGUGCGUCGUCGUUUUGUGCUUUUGCCGCUUAUCCUCUGCUUAGGGAUAAGGGAUACAUCCCUAUACAAGAUUCUAGAUUAGAUGAGCUAGUGACAGAGCUUCUACCUUUGAAAGUUAAGGAUCUUCCGGUAAUAGAAACGAAAGAGCCGGAGGAACUUUACCGGGUAGUUAACGAUAUGGUGGAAGGAGCCAAGUCUUCUUCAGGAGUCAUAUGGAACACAUUUGAAGAUCUUGAAAGACUCUCACUCAUGGAUUGUAGCAACAAGUUACAAGUUCCGUUUUUCCCAAUCGGACCGUUUCACAAACAUAGCGACGAUCAUCCACUGAAGACAAAGAACAAGGACGACGAGGAAACAACCUAAGAAACAAUGGAUGAGAGAAAAGUGAGGAAAAUAAUCAUGUUCCCUUUACCAUUUCCGGGACACUUCAACCCAAUGAUCCAACUCGCCAGAAUAUUCCACCACCGUGGCUUCUCCGUCACGAUCCUCCACACUUCUUUCAACUCCCCAAAUCCUUCUCACUACCCACUCUUCACUUUUCGAACCAUCCCUCACAACAACGAAGGAGGAGAAGAUCCUCUGACUCAACCAGAAGCUUCUAGUAUGGAUCUUGUCGCCUUUAUUCGUCUGCUGAGACAAACUUACGUGGAAACGUUUUGUCAGUCUCUUGCGGAAGAAGUAGGCAGAGGAGAGACGGUGUGUUGUUUGGUCUCUGACGCUGUUUGGGCGAGGAACACGGAGGCUGCAGCGGAAAAGGUCGGAGUACGUAGAGUGGUGUUGAUUACAAGUGGUGCGGCGUCGUUUUGCGCUUUUGCCGCAUUCCCUCUCCUUAGAGAUAAGCAUUACCUCCCUAUACAAGAUUCUAGAUUAGAUGAGCUAGUGACAGAGCUUCCACCUUUGAAAGUUAAGGAUCUUCCGGUAAUGGAAACGAAUGAGCCGGAGGAACUAUACCGGGUAGUUAACGAUAUGGUUAAAGGAGCCGAGUCUUCUUCAGGACUCAUAUGGAACACAUUCGAAGAUCUUGAAAGACUCUCACUCAUGGAUUUUAGGAGCAAGUUUCAAGUUCCCUUAUUCCCGAUUGGACCGUUUCACAAACAUAGCGAAAAUCUUCUAUCGAUGACAAAGAACAAAGAAGACCACAUGGGUCUUCUUCCAUAUAUCUAGACACACUUGUGAAUCAUGUCAUGUCUUUUGAUCCUUAUGAUGUUGCAAGUUAGAAAAGCUACUAGUUGCAAUGUGUUUAAACACUCUUCACAUCUUUGGAUGUCCUGUUUUAUUAUUUUAGUAAAGAGUAAUGUUGGUU